CCCGUGCUAUUUUGCCUUCCUGGCAGGAGUUUAUAACUGGCUGGGACAGCCCCACCUCCUUUCUGCUUUCUCUCCCUUCCCUUUCCUCCUUCCCCCCCCUUCUCUGCUCCCUCCCACCUGGCUGCCCGGGACCCCCAUGCCAGCAGUGCCCCGCUGUGCCUGUUGCCACUGUCCUGCCUUGCUGGAGCUCCCGGCAUGGGGCCUGCCGAGGAGCUGGUCCGGAUUGCCAAGAAAUUGGACAAGAUGGUGGCCAGGAAGAGCAUGGAAGGGGCGCUGGAUCUGCUCAAAUCCCUCAGCAGCUACACCAUGACCAUCCAGCUGCUCCAGACAACACGGAUCGGUGUGGCAGUGAACUCAGUGCGGAAACACUGCUCAGAUGAAGAGGUGGUCGCCUCAGCCAAAAUCCUUAUUAAAAACUGGAAGCGGCUUCUGGAGUCUGCCACCACAAAGAAGGAGAAGGACGCAURUGGAGACAAGGAGAAGGACACAGAAGGAAAAAAGGAGAAGAAGAAAGGGCUGGAUGUUUCCUGCUGCCCCAAUGAGGAUGUGAAGCAUGGCAAGAACACGGCUGAGAAGCACAGGGAGAAGCGCAAGGAGAGGAAACCCAGAAAGUCUGACUCUCCUGCCAUCACCACCCAGGCCCACUCUGCCAGUUCCAGGCUGGAGAGAGAGUCGGGUGAUGGCCGGAGCCCCACUGUGUCCUUUAAGAAAUCACCUCAGGAUGGCAAGAAAGAGAGGAGAGCCUCUGCUGACUCCAGGGCCUCAGCUGUCUCCUCCUCUUCCUCCCCACGGAAGAGACUGUCAGGGGAGAGGAGAGCAUCUGUGGGCGCCAGCCUCUCUCCAGCUCCCACCGGCUUCUGGAGAAACUCCAGUGACAGCAAGGAGGAAAGAACCAACAGCAGCAAGGCCAAACCUGAGACGCCACGGACCCCCACCAGUCCCUCCUUCUUUCCCAGCCCCUGCUGCCUGGCCCCCUGCUAUCUCACAGGGGACUCAGUGCGGGACAAGUGCAUUGAGAUGCUGACUGCUACACUCCGCAUGGACGAUGACUACAAGGAGUUCGGUGUCAACUGCGAAAAGAUGGCAUCAGAGAUUGAAGACCAUAUCUUCCAGGAGCUGAAGAGCACGGACAUGAAGUAUCGCAACCGGGUGCGGAGCAGGAUCAGCAACCUGAAAGACCCCAAGAAUCCCAGUCUGCGGAGGAACGUGCUGUGCGGGGCCAUCGAACCCAGCCUCAUCGCUCGCAUGACCGCCGAGGAGAUGGCCAGUGAUGAGCUGAAGAAACUGCGGAAUGCCAUGACCCAAGAGGCCAUCCGGGAGCACCAGAUGGCCAAGACGGGCGGCACUGUCACCGACCUCUUCCAGUGUGGCAAGUGCAAGAAGAAGAAUUGCACAUACAACCAGGUGCAGACACGGAGCGCCGACGAGCCUAUGACAACAUUUGUGCUGUGCAAUGAGUGUGGGAACCGCUGGAAGUUCUGCUGACUCUGCYGGCGGUUUGGCUGGAGGGAACAUGGUGCCAUACAAGAUGUUGUGACGCCACAUUGGGCAGCUGGUGUGGGGAAGAGAGUGGCAGGGUGGCAUCAGUCCCUAAACCCCAGGUCCUUGUUCCUUUGCAUUGGGCUCCCUUGAAUAUUCUGGGCAACUGGCCUCUGGCAAAGUCAAGUUUGCUCGAGAGGGUCCCUGUGAAUUCAGUGGUUCUUCCCUGUAAAUAUCUGUCCUUUUCUUGGGCUGCACUGGGAUCCCACUGGGAACAGACUCAUUCCUGGAAAGGGAGACUGGUACAACACGAACAGCAUGUCCUUCCCUGAGAGAAAUCUGCAUUUGGAUGAUUUUUGGGCAGGAUAAACACUGCUCCAUGGACACAGGGCUAUGCCUGGGGGUCUGACGGUGGGAGAGGGCCAGGUUUAACCCAAACACCUUCAUCACCUAAAUGUACACAGAGGGAGGACAUGGAGGACACAGGGUGGUUGCAGUGUGUUCAAAUGGUGUUGGGAUGCCACCAUGCUAUGUGACAAAUUUACCAUCCAUCCUGGCUUGAGGGCACUGUGUCCUAGGAGAGAAGGAAGGAUGGCAGGAAGAGGAGUGAGGAAAAAUCCCUCCAGCCAGAGCAAUAAAGGUGUGAACCAUCUCUGUAGCACAGACUGUUUCCUAAGGUGGGUCUGGGACCUCUGCCUCAGUUUAUAGCUCCCCAGCUUGAGCCUCAAGAUCCCUCACCGAGCUUCAGCAUGUCUCAUAUCCACCAGCCCCAGCUUGGGAUAGAACUAUGGCUUGAUGUUCAUCCAUCACUUGACUGGUGAUUAAAGACCUUUACUUAAGGCUGGAGCAGCUCUCUGGCUUGGUCUGGGUUGCAGGCUGCCCCAUGUCAGGGCAGAACCUCCACCAACAGCUGGGAGGGCUGUCCAGGGAAAAAGCAUCAGGGACCAGCUGGGAGGCAUUCCUUUGGCUACUGGAGUUCUGGGAUGGAGGCUUCUGGCAUGGAGACCAUCCCUCGUUACCACCAGCCUCCUCCAGUGACAGUGAGGUGUGGUGAGGACAUAGGAAGGUCAUGAUGACCGUGGUGACCAUGGAUGGGAUGAGGAUGCUGCUCCCAUGCCUGCAUGAGCCAAAGGGUGAGAGCAGAGAAGGAUGAUGGAGCUGUUAAUGAACCCAUCACUAAUAUUUUAAUCUUGGGCUGAGGUGUGAAUUUUUUUCUCAGGCAGUGCUGUUUGCACCCAGACUUGGGUGCUAAACCCUUGGUGUCAGGGGGUCCCUGCUACCCCAGAGCCCCUUGAGAGAACUCUCUGGGCUGUGAUGCUUGUUAGUAUGCUGAAGUGAUUAAUGAGCUUCCAAGGCAAUUAUUAAUGUUUGUGAGAGUGCAUGUGGCUGCAAUUAAGAAAUAUAGUGGGUUGUAGGAGAUGAAUAAAACAUUAGCAUGACCUUGAGCUGUGAGUGGAGUGCAAAAGGGGCAGGACUGGGGAUCCUGGCUGUCCCCAGGGUAACACAGGACACAUUUGCCAGGACAAGGUUGAAACAGGGAUUUAGACCUAUUUUUUUUWAUGUUUUUUUUGUAGUGCAGUCCAGUAGAGGUGUUUGGGUGAUACCAGAGGGAGACAGACUCCAGACACAGUCUGAUGGAUCUCCUAGCAUCCCUCUCCRUACCUUUCUGUCCCUCAGUGGACAUGUCCCCAGGGAAAAUGUCACCCUGCUCCCCCUCCCAUGAUUUUCUGGGAAAUCCCAGAGAAGGAAAGGGAGAAGCAAACUGGAGAGCUGGGAGAGCAGGGGCUCCCCUGAUGUCCAUGCAGGGAUAUGCAUCCCCAUCCCUCCCUCUCCCCACUGGGAGAGUUUUUCCACUUGCCUGGGCUGGAGGAACUCAUGGUCCUGAGGAAUGCUCCAGCCUCGGGGCGGGGGGACGAUGCAGGAUGUGUCCCCCUAUGGCACAGCAGGUGCCUCUGGGGCAGGGGACAGUGAGGGCUCUGGUAUGCAGCUGUGUACAGGCUCCAUUCCACAGGCUGAGCUUCUGACCUGCUCCACGGGAUUUCAAAAAUCCAAUUCCCAAAUUGGGAACUGAGUCCCCCAGGAUAUCCUGCCAUCCCUUCCCCACCCCUAAGCUCCAGGGGUCCCCGGAGCUUUCCCCUCUCUUCUCUCCAAGUGAUGGUCUCCUCUUCCCCUCCACAUCCCCCAGCCUGGUGAGGAAGAGGAGCAGGAAAGAUCCCUGGCAGCUGCCUGUCCUGCCAGCACUCAACUCUCUCUUGAGCUCUGAGGAAGUGGGCACUUCAGUUCUUAUUUCUUAUCAGUGCUGGAGACGUGAAACCAUGGCUGCACCAAAAAAUGUUAAUGCUGGCCUCCCGUGCCUUCUGCAGGCAGGAGGCUCAGACCAGGGCCCUCAGGGCCUCUCUCACAGCCCCCACCUUGGGCUGGUCAUCACCAUGCAAUGAUGGAGAGGCCCUCCAUGGUCCCUGCCAGGGGACCCCGAGGCUCCAGGUCUGGAUGCUCCAAAGCUUCAGCAGAGGCUGGUGCUUCUUUCUGCCUCUCCCUCCAUGAAUUAAAGAAUCAUUUCAGUUGCAAAAGACCUCCAUGAUCUGUCCAACUGCUCCCCCAGCACUGACAAGGCCACAACUAACCAUGUGUGCCCAAUGCCACAUCCACACACCUUUUAAAUCCCUCCAGAGAUGAUGACUCCAAUGAGAUAGUCUUCCAUCAGAUGGAGAUUUUAUAUUCAACCUCCAACCUGUAACACUUUAAACAACCCCACAGAGUGUCCCAUCCCAGCCAUACUUCCCCAUGAAGAAAGGUACCUCACAGGAAGUGCACCAUCCCACUACUGGUGCCACCAGACCACAUCCCUUCCCCAGGGACUGCUGUGAGCAACCUCAGGGACACCUUGUUCCACAGGAUCCAGUAUAUGGCUGGUUUUACUUCGCAAUCCCAGCUUGCCCAGGGGUGAUCCCCCACUGUACUCCAGCCUCACCAAGCUCGCUUACAGCACAGGGCUUUGCUGCUGCCCUUCUCCCCCACAUUUUUUCAGCCUUGACAAAAAAAUCAGCAGUUUGCUGUUCUGUGGUUUCCUUGGUAACCCCAUUUCCCCAUCCUCUUGUUUUAUGCAUGUAUAACCUCCCCCAGCCCUGGUCACCAACCCCCAAAGCACAGUGGCAGGUCCUUGUGCACAGGGAUGGAGCAGGAGGUGGUGUGUCCUGUUCACCAUCAGGACGGCUGAUCCCAGUGGGACCCUCGACAAGGGCUUCCCAAGCACUUGUACUUCUUGGAAAGGGAAUGGAGCAGCUGGUGGUAGUUCAUGUCUGAGUUGAACUGAACUGAAUUAAAGCAGUUUUGGAGCCAGUCUUUACUGCUCCAUGAGGGUUCUCGUGCUCCUGCUGUGCACAGGUUACCCAGAGAAGCUGUGGCURCCCCCAUCCUUGGAGGUGUUUCAAGCCAGGUUGCACGGGGCUUGGAGCAACCUGGUCCAGUGAAAGGUGGCCCUGCCCAAGGCAGAGGGUCGAAUGAGAUGAGCUUUAAGGUCUCUUCCAACCCAAACCAUCCCAUGAUUCUGUGACUGGCAGCCUCUGUGACAGACUGAGUCGAUUCCCUUGCUUCCAAUCAGUAAGUAACAAUCCCUUAGGCACAGGUACUCACUGUCUCCCCAGGCCUCAAACCCAUAUGCAAUAUUUUUCUGGUGACAGACUCAGGCUCUUGGCACGACUCAUUUUGCCGUUUUCAGUAGACAGGAUACUGAUCUCCUGGGAAAACCACUGUGGCCAGCACAGAGCCCAUCACCUCGCCUCUGCAUCACAGCUGCUCCCACAGAUGAUGUCCCCGGUGUGAUGCUCAGCACGGUGGGCACAGGGCAAGGGGCCAGCCCUGCGCAGGAAUUGGGCUGCUUUCCUUUAAAAAGCAAGAAAAUGCAGCAUUGGAUGCAGGGUUUUGGGUCUGCAUUCCAUAGGAGUGAUUGUCAAAGGAUGCAGCAGCGUUGUGGUCUCUCAAACACCUGGAGGAACCAGGCAGGGGUGUCUAGCAGGACACUCCAGGCACUGAAUGGCACACAAACUGAAAGCACUGAAAUAGAAGGAAAAAAUUGCUGAGUCUCUCAGCGCUGGUUCCAGCCCCAGAUUGGGAUACAAAUGGAAUUUCCUUUCUCUUUCAUUGUUCUGCCUUGAUGUGAGUCAAUAAACUGCUUUGGCGAAGCUCUGGAAAAAUCAGUGAUUGCCCAAGACAGCCACAUGACCCAGUCUCAAUCUUCAGACAAGCCAAAAUACUCGGAGCAAAGUCAAGAAUUUGAGCUAACUGGAUAUUUCCUUUGGAAUGUUUUUCCUGAAAAAAAAAAAAAAAAGAAGGUAGGAAAAUCAGUUUUCAUCUGCAAUGUUUGCAGUCCACUGGAAGGAAAUGAUUCGUUGAGGUGUAUGGCUGCAAUUCGGCAGCCCAGGCUUUGUGAUGAUUAAAAGCAUCAGAAGAGUCCAAACUGGACCCAAACCCUUAUUUCUAAAGUGAAACAUGUUGCAUGGAAAAUUACAGAAUAUACUUUUCUUAAAGAAAAAUCCCGUGCACUUUUGUUUCCUGGCUUGAGAGGUUUGCUGAGUCUGCAAAGCACUUUGAUCUCAGCCUUCCUGAAAUCACAGUGCUUGGCACAGRCCAUUUUUUCCCCCCUCCUUUAGCUGAAUAGGCAGAGAACUAGCAAAGAUCACCCAUUAAAAGCAAAAAUCUGUCCACAAAAUACAUUUUUUUUCUCACUUUCAGCUAGAAUCAUGCACGGUCUUCCCUCUUACAGCCAGAAUGAAGAGGAUGUGAGGGAAAAAAAUCCCCAAUAAAUGCUAUAAAACCCCCCAAACUCCCUCAAACCACACAAAUUCCCAUCUCUGUGCUUCCCACAUUAGUAGGUCGACCUAAAUAUGACAGAGGRAAAAAAAACCACAUUGGCUUUUUCGCCUGACACUUAUUUUUCUCCCUGUCAGGAGCUCUCGGGCACUUGGCAAUUAGGAGCUGCAGAUUAAUCUGAAGUGAUAUAAUGAAGUGCCAGGCAGCUGGAGGACAGAGCUGGGAGCUGGUGAGCAGGGGUUGGGAGGGGAUAUUGUUCUACAGAUUAACAUGGUUUAGGACGGGUUUAGUGCAGGUAGAGCACCCAGGAUGAUGGGAAGGAGGAGGGGGCUGGAAGGCUCAAUGAGAUAUUCAGGCUCAUUCCCAACCCCUGAUCCUCUGCAUCCAAACUUAUGGACCGGGCAGGGCUUGUAUUGCAGAGGAAAAAUUAUCUUUGCACAUUUUCAAAACCUAAUUUASUUGUAAUGUCCCCAAAGUGUCUUUCCACCUGCUUUGCAACAUCCCAGAGUCUCCCAGCUGCAGUGAAUUAUUUAUUGAGGAAAAAUGUCCCAGGGGAGCAGGCUGGAUGGUUCCCAACAUCUUCCCCUAGCUCUAUCUGUACCUCCUUUCACAGAGUCAUAGAAUCACAGAGUUGUUGGAGUGUGAGGGGUCCUCAAAGUUCGUCCAGUUCCCCCCCUGCCAUGGGCAGGGACACUUUCCACUAUCCCAGGUUUCUCCAAGCCCUGUACAGCCUGGUCUGGAACACUUCUGGAGAUGGGGGAACUGCAGCUUCUCUGGGCAAUGUGUGCCAGGGCCUCACAACCCUCACAGGGAAGAAUUCCUUCCAAAUAUUCCUUCUAAACCUGCCCUCUGGCAGUGGGAAGCCAUUCCCCCUUGUCCUGUCACUCCAGACCCUUGUAAAUAGUCUCUCUCCAUCCUCCUUGUCAGUUCCUUCAGGUGCUGGAAGACCACAAUUAGGUCACCUCAAAGCCUCUUUUCCACUCUGAACAACUGUCAGCCCAACUGUCUCAGCUCUUCGUCUUUUCUCCAAGGUGCCCAGAAGCCUGAAAGUCAAGAGCAGCUGUCAGGUACCUAGGUCCACAUUCUUCCAACAAACUGCCUCAUCUUUCCAAAAUGAGAAUAUAAAUCGCUCCUCCUGUAACGACACCAUUACGCUGGAGCUGUGCCACCAGUGCCAGCCACUCACAGCAAAACCAUUACCCACAGCAGCCAAUUUAUUCCCGACUCUGGAAGGGUCAGCAACCAUCAGGAAGCAAAUGCUAGUUACUAGCACUGUGCAAAGCAGCCUGGCCCGGCAUGGUGUGUAAUUAGGGAGCCAACUGCACCCGCCACAGUGACAGGGCUGUGGGGAAAGGGGCUAUGGAGCAGCCACCAAGGAGGCACCUGCUGCAGCUCCCGACUAUAACUCAGGAUCAGGGCACUAACUGAAUUGGAGACGUGUGUGUCACACUGCCAUCAGGAAGGCUGUGACAUUCUGCACGUCCCCACAUCCUUCUGAUCUCUACACCACCCUCCCUAGUCCAGUGCCCAUCCCUGCUGUCCCCUCGACGUGAUCCCUCUGCUCAGCUGUUUUGCAGGUAAAYGUGACAUUUCCUUGGGACAGAAGAGAUGUUUGGAAUAUGAAAACUCCAGGUGGUGGGAGAUGCAGAACCCAGGGAGAUAUCAUGUGCUAAUGCCCUUACAUCUCUGCUGCGGUGAGUCAUCCAGGCCCUCUGAGGAUCCCGACUGUGCUUGGAUACGGAGAAGGUAGAAGCACAAGGCAAGAGUUAAAAUUGCUUUGCUCAGAAGAUAUCUUGGUUACAGCAAGGAAUAAAAAUUGUCCCCUUGACACCCACCCCCUGYUCUGGCCCCACAGGCACAGGGAGGAGGGAUGUUGUGCUGUUGAGUGGGUAAGAUGGGCCUCAUUUAUCAGAGAAAUGGAAACAGCCAAGACAGAUGGGAGCAGGCACCUGAUGGUAUCAUGCUACAAACUGAAGCAAAGCAAGCACUGACAAAGGGCUGCAGGAGGAAUCCCUGGAGGUUUCCACGGAAAGGAGGUUUUUUUGUCCUCUCCCAACUCCAAAUCAAAUCAUCCUAUGGACUUUUGAAGGAGCAUGAACAAGCAGAGGAAAGAACUGGGGUCUCRGUCCAGAGCAAGAGGCACUGAAGUUGUGCUUUGUGAUUUGGCACUUAGAGAGCAGCAGGAUUGUAGCUGACCUGGAUUCCCAACAUCAAAGACAGCACCCACUUCCUCCCCAGCACCUCCAGAACCCUCCAAGGAGGUGAAUCAAGGAGCUGAACAGCCACGUGUCCAUCCCAUCCUGGCACUGGCACCCAGGAGUACAGGUGAUGGAAAGAGCAUCCCCCUGCACUGUGGCUCACAGCUAAAAAGCUGUAGAAAAAUGUAAAAUUUAUGUGCUGAGAAAGAAACCUGCCUCCUCCAUGAUCAGAGGGUUGAAGGUGGUCCAGGGGGUUUAAGCCAUGUCUGGCCCAUCUGGCUGGCACAGCGAUAGACAAUGACAAAUCUCAUGUCAGACUCAUAGAAGGCAAACAAACAGACCUUAUUGCUCAGAAAACCUGGCCCUGACACUCUUCCCUGUCCCUUGAUAGUGCUACAUGUGCCCAUGACCACAGGUUCCUUGGCCCUCCAGCAUGCCACGACUAGCCCCAGGCACCAGGACACAGAAUCCCCAUGUCUCAGUCUCAAAGGACCUGCUCCCUGUCCAGGAAAACCCAGGCCUAGCCCCUCGGGGAGCCCAGGGGUCACAUUGAUACAAAUUCCUUUCAACAGCAGCAAAAAGCUUUAUUCUUGCAGCCUGGCUCUGUCUGGGAGCAGCAUCCUGCCCUGGAUCCCCCCCUCCCCAUGAUGGUUCAUUUAUGAGAUGACUCACAGGUUGUUAAUGCUCCCGACGCGCAUGGGAUGCAGGCAGCGCUGCCAUCUCCGAGUGCCAGCUGGGGUGGGUCACAGCCCGGGCUCCCAGCUCCCCAAAAUCCAGGGAGACACUGUGUGUUCCCAAUCAAUGCUUCAUUGUCAGACAAAGGCAGCCCAGAGCGGCGCCAGGGGAUGGUGAAAAUACCCAAAUAUGCAACAAUCAGGGAAAAAGGCUCCUGUAGGGAUUGAGUUCCCUGGGGAUGGGGUGUGAUGCCCAUCCUUCCUUUGCCACCAGCAGGCUUGGUACCCACGAGCCAUUUGCUGUUACUGUCCCUGUCCCCAUCACAGCCAUGGGGCC